AUGAUAGGUAAGUUUUUAAAAAUUAAAAGAGGAAUAUAUAAUAUUUGUCACAUUGCUUAUGUUUAUAAAAAACCUCCUUAUAAAAAUUCCUUAAAUAUACUCUUUCAUAAAAAAACACAAAAUUAUUAUUGUAGCGAAAAAAGAAAUGACAAUAAAAAAGAGAAUAUAAACAAACAAAUAAAUAAUCAAAUAAAUGAAAAAGAUGAUUUAUUGUGGAAUAUAUUUAUGUUUGAUAGAAAUAUAUCCUUUUUUUCUGUAAGCUUCUAUGUUCUCUUAUGUGCAACAUUAACUUUACAUUUUUAUAAUAAUUACUAUACUAAAAAUAAAACUACUGAACUUGAUAAAGCAAAAGAAAGAGAGCAAAGAAACUUAAUUGAAGUACAACAAAAAAGAAAUCAAAGGGGGGGAAUAUAG